AUGGCUUCCAACAGACAGUACGACCUGGUCCUCCUGGGCCCCACUGGCUAUACUGGCCGCUUCUGCUCAGAGCACAUUGUCCAGAACCUUCCCACAGAUCUGAAGUGGGCCAUCGCUGGUCGUUCGCCACAGAAGGUCGAGCCUAUCGCCGAGGAACUCAAGAAGCUUAACUCGGAUCGUGUUCAACCUGAUGUCCUUGCUGUUCAGCUCAAUUCGACCGAGUUGAACGAGCUGGCGCAGAAGACCCGGCUCAUCAUCAAUUGCAUUGGCCCCUACCACCUGUACUCGACUCCCGUGGUUGAGGCUUGCGCUGCGCACGGUACUCACUAUGUGGACGCCACUGGCGAGACCCCGUGGGUCAAGCUGAUUAUCGACAAGUGCCACGAAAAGGCCAAAAGUAACGGCGCAAUUAUUAUCCCCUCUGUUGGCGUCGAAAGUGCUCCAGCAGAUAUGCUGGCCUGGGCUCUGGUCAAGCACGUCCGCGAAGAACUCGCAUCUCAAACCAGAGAGAUCGACUGCUGUAUCAAGGAGAUGAAGUCCUCCGGCGCCAGCGGCGGCACUCUCAACACCAUCCUCAGCGUCUUCGACUGGCUGCCCUCCUCCGAGCUAACGAAAUCAAUGACCCCCUUCGCUCUCGCAGCAUCAACCCCACCAAAGGACAUCCCCAGCGAGUCCAUCAUCCACAAGCUCUUCGGCGCACGCUGGAUCCGGGAUCUCGGCACGGUAACUACCUCCCCCUCCGGCAUGGCAGAUAUCACCAUCGUCCACCGAAGCAGCACCCUCAUGCCCGAACUCUACGGCAAACGCUUCUUCUUCCGCCAAUUCUUGCACGUACGCAACUCCCUCAUCGGCGUUGUCGUGCACGUCGGUUUCCUGCUGGGUAUCUCGCUACUCAUGAUCCGGCCUGUGCGCACCCUAGUUCGGCGGUUCAUUUUCGCGCCGGGUCAGGGUCCUACCAUCGAGGCUUCGAAGAAUGAUCGUCUUGAGUACCAUGCUGUGGCGACGGCUGAUCAGGAGGGUCCUGCGCCUAAGCGGGUAUUUGGCAAAUUUACUUAUCAUGGUAGUAUGUACGUUUUGACUGGCUUGUUGCUUGCUGAGGCGGCCAUGGUUAUUCUCAAGGAGGAGGAGAAGGUGAAGAAGGUCUCUCGUGGCGGUAUCGUGACGCCGGCAACUCUGGGCCAGGACUUUGUUGAUCGUAUUGAGAAUGUGGGGUGCCAGAUUGAUACAAAGACUUUCCAGUACUAG